UUGCUUUCUCUUUCUUAACAGGUAAAGUGAUGUGAUUGCCGCGUGAUGGAAGAAUACUUCGAUGACGUGUUCCUGAACGCGAGCACGAACGCAACCCGUUCGGGGGGCUACGGAGAACCCGAGUCCCUGGACCUGCUGGUUCCCCUCAGCAUCACCUACGCCAUCAUCUUCGUGGCCGGCAUCCUUGGCAACAUCAGCACUUGCGUAGUCAUCGCUAGAAACCGCUCCAUGCACACGGCGACUAACUUCUACUUAUUCAGUUUAGCGAUCUCGGAUCUAAUGCUAUUAGUCUGUGGACUGCCUUUUGAGUUCCAUCGUUUAUGGAACCCUUAUACUUAUCCGCUUGGAGAGGCGCCGUGUAUAAUUCUUGGAUUAGCUUCAGAGACAUCAGCUAACGCUACAGUGUUAACUAUAACAGCUUUUACAGUGGAACGAUACAUCGCGAUCUGCCGUCCGUUUAUGUCACAUACAAUGUCGAAACUGUCUAGAGCAGUUCGUUUUAUCGUAGUGAUAUGGUUUAUGGCGCUGUGUACGGCCGUGCCGCAAGCGAUGCAAUUCGGGUUGGUGACCUACGUGGAGAACGGUCAAAACGUGUGCGCGUGUACAGUGAAAGGUCACGGAGUGCAUCAAGUGUUUGUGAUAUCUAGUUUCGUGUUCUUCGUGGUGCCGAUGUCGGUGAUAACCGUGUUGUAUGCGCUGAUCGGGGUGAAGUUGCGCACGUCUCGGAUCUUGCACCCGGUGAAGAAAUUGUCGGUGGAGAGUAAUGGCCGCCCGGCGGGCGCCACGCGGUAUAGGAACAGCGCUUCGCAGAGGAGGGUCAUACGAAUGUUAGUGGCGGUGGCACUGUCGUUCUUCGUAUGCUGGGCUCCAUUCCACGUGCAGAGGCUGCUUGCCAUCUACGGGAAGAGUCUGGAGCAUCCCACGGACACUUUCUAUCUGGUGUACAUCGUGCUAACGUUCCUGUCGGGGGUGCUAUAUUUCCUGUCGACGGCCAUCAACCCCUUUCUGUACAACAUCAUGUCCAAUAAAUUCAGAAACGCCUUCAAGGUGACCCUAUCGUCCUGGUGCGGUCGAAAAAGCGCGCCGCGUCUCGGCCGCACGUACAGCGCGCUGCUCGCGUCGCAGCGUUUACGCGCCGGAGACGAGCGUAUACGCAGCGGUCGCCGCCUGCGGCGCCUGUCGACGGCCACGACGCAGCUGUACGACGCGCCGCCUCGAGCGCAGUGUUUCAACGGAAGGGAGCUCACAGUCGUGAACGAGGUCCCCAGCGGCAACGGGCACUGGGGGCGCCGAUGGCUCCGGGACCCCUCGGACUCCGUCGGCUCCCCCCGAAGCAUCUCCAACUCCAGUCUCCGAGAAGUCGACGACGAGCUCACCGGCGAAGAACUGGCCACGUACAUGUACCAAGUGAAUUGCAAUAUAGGGGGAUUGACUUGAGAAACGCCCCUCUAAAGCUAUGGACUGGCUUUAGGGGGAAUGGA